AUGCCUCAGUUUCGCGCUUCUAAAAGUGUCCGUUCCUCCACUCAACGCCGUCAAAUCCUUGUCGCUCGCAUCGAGUCGUUCGGUGUCCCAAAAUUAGACAUGGGUCGUUGCACUCCUUGCCAAAACGCCGGAACCAUCUGCCUGAUGCUCGAUGGUUAUUCCAAGUGCUCGUCUUGUGUGAAGAAGGGGGUGUCUUAUUGUGAUGGGGUAUUUUCUGCGGAGGAGUUUGAUGCGUUGACCGCCCAGCGCAAUCGUUUAGCCGAGGCCGCUCGACGCAAGGGGGAGGAGAUUAAAGAGAUGUUGGCCGAGGCGGCCCGUGUGCAUGCCAAAAUGUUGGCGGAAGUAUCAAAGGCUCAUGAGGAGAAAGAACGGCUCCAUCAUGAUGCGGAUGUUUUGCUGGAUAAACAGAAAAAGAUGUUGAUUCGGGAAGCGACCGCCUUGGAUGAGAUCGAUCAUCUUGAACCACCCCCCGUCGCUUCCUCCACUGUUUUUGUUGGUUUGGAUGAUGCUCAAUUGGAGCAGAUGUUUGAGUUGGAGCCUGGUUCCAUGGCUGAUUUUUCCGGUCCUAUCCUUCUCGACCGUCCUUUGGCUCGGUGA